AGUUCCAGCUCAUCUCAUUUGCUCUUCAAGUCGCUUCAAUCCGGAUCGCUUUUCUCACUUCAGACUGGAGUUUCACUUUCGUUUCCCGAAAAGCUCUUCAUCGCUGGACAUGGAUGAGGGUAGCUGUGAGCUCGUUCCUGGGAAGAUCCUAAACUGCUCCAUCUGCUUGGAUAUUCUGAAGGAGCCAGUUACUCUCCCCUGUGGACACAGCUUCUGCCGAGACUGUGUCCAGAGCUUCUGGACGGAGACCGAGCAGCCUGGCCCGGUAAGCUGCCCUCAGUGCCGACAGGCCUUCUCCCACCAGCCUGCGCUCCGCACAAACACCAUACUGGCCGAAGUGGCCAAGAGGUUCCAGAAGUCAGACAUUGCUGAAGGCAAGACUCCUCUCGGAGCCAGUCCCAGGGAGGUGCCUUGUGAUUUCUGUACAGACAGCGCCCAGAAAGCAGUGAAGUCCUGCCUGAUGUGCUUGGCCUCAUUCUGUGAGACUCACAUCCAGGCCCACCAUGAGAAGACAGCCUUGAAGAAGCACAAACUCAUCUCGCCCAUAGAAGAUUUCCAGGACCAGCUGUGCUCCCAUCACGAGAGGCCCCUAGAGCUGUUCUGCAGAGAAGACAAGACGUGUAUUUGUGUGCUGUGUGCCAGAGAGCAACACGCGACACAUUGCACAGUGACUUUAGAGACCGAGAGGCAAAAGAAACAGAAGCAGCUGGUGGAGAAACAGGCAGGCAUACAGCACAAACUUCAGGAAAAGACGAGAAAUGCGAAGGAGUUAAAGCAGGUUGCUGAGUCCCUCAAGAUAUCAGAAGAUAUCGGAACUGAGGGAAAUUGAGCAAAUCUUUGUUCAGCUGAUGAGCUCUGUUAACAGCAAACAGGCCAAGGUUAA